GCCGACCUCCAGUUCCUCCAUCCUUCGCGGCGCGAGCUCCGGACUCAGCUCUCUUUUACCUCUCCAGCCCAUCGGGGAUUCCUGUCACCGCCUUUCCACUCCGCCCAGAUCCAGGCGAUCCCCGACUCCCAUCUUCAUGGCGUCGCUUCUGUGCUGUGGGCCUAAGCUGGCUGCCUGCGGCAUCGUCCUCAGCGCCUGGGGAGUGAUCAUGUUGAUAAUGCUCGGAAUCUUUUUUAACGUCCAUUCUGCUGUGCUAAUUGAAGACGUUCCCUUCACAGAGAAAGAUUUUGAGAAUGGCCCCGAGAACAUAUACAACCUUUACGAGCAAGUCAGCUACAACUGUUUCAUCGCUGCGGGCCUUUACCUCCUCCUCGGAGGCUUCUCUUUCUGCCAAGUUCGGCUCAAUAAGCGAAAGGAAUAUAUGGUGCGCUAGAACACGGUCUCGUUUACUCUCUUCGUACCCCUCUUCUAUUUAAAGACUUUCCCCACCCCGUCCUGACGCCCAUUCUGGGGCCCAGCCCCAGUGGAGGGAAGCUAAGACUGUCACCUGUCCCUCCAGCCCCCUCGCCUUUUCCCCUACCACAAUAAAGAGAAACUGCCCUCUUAA